AUGGUGAACCUCAGUGAAUACCAAAACUAUGGACCCGGUUCAGUCAUGAGAAACUGGGUUACUUGGGUUGGGUUUAACCCAGUGAUGGCGGAGGAGGAUGCUCAAAACUUUACCAUUGACAACUUGAUUAACAAAUCUGUGAAUCUGUCAAAACAUCACCACCACUCAACUCUUUGCACGACUGACGUCACCACCGCAACCGUGACAAUCGCAACUUCUCUCAUUGUCACCGCCGCAACUCCUUCCACCGCUGCCGCCGCUCUUCCACAACCACCGUUGCAAUCACUUCGGCGCCGUUCCCGUUUCCGCUCACUCCACCUUCACACCCUACACCUACGCUGUCGAAGAGAUACAAUCUGGCACGGCGGCACCACACCACCAAGUCAUGAUGAGAAGUUAACUGGUCUCAUAAAACUUGCCGAUGAAGUUUACUUGGGUGCGAAGAUUGAUUACUGUUUGUACAGCGUUAUGGACUUGUUAAGAUAA